ACUUUGGUUCAUCAUAUGAUCAGAUAUUUGUGAGACUUUGCGCCUUUCUAGACAUGUGACAGGUGCUACUGUCAGCUGCAGGUGUAACAGGUAGAUACAGGUGAAGCUCAAGUGACAGGAUGGAAGUUUUGCUGCGGUUUGUUGGGAUCCUGGUGUGCCUUGCGGUAGUGGUCCAGACACAAGUUCCUCCGUUUGUAGAAAAAUGUGAACAUGGAAUGUACCCACCUAAGGCUGAAUCAAAGGUUGCCAGUUAUGUGAUUAACCUGGACCUCCCCCCUGCUGAGAGAUGGAACAGUCUGGUCAAGGAGAAGGCACCAGAGAUAAAGGAUAUGAUAGCAGAGAUCAAGGCCUUUGCUGGAGCGUUUGGUAACGGAAGCAUCAUUGCUAUGGUGGACAAAUACCUGGCCCCCCUAGCCGACACCCUUCCUUACCCAUUCGCUGAUGAGAUCAAGGGCAUAGCCAAGGCCACAGACAUCCCUCUAGGUGAGGUGGUCCUCUUCAACGUUUUCUACGAAUUUUUCACUGUCUGCACAUCCAUAGUCGCUGAGGAUCCUACAGGAAAGUUGUUCCAUGCCAGGAACCUGGAUUUUGGGCUGUUUCUGGGGUGGGACAUUAAGAACAACACCUGGGCACUGAGUGAGAAACUGCGACCAAUCGUGGUGAACCUGGACUGGCAGCGUGGCGGGAAGACGGUCUUCAAAUCCGUUAACUUUGCCGGCUACGUGGGACUGCUGACCGCUGUCAAACCUCAAACCUUUACCUACAGUAUGAAUGAGAGGUUUUCUGCUGAUGGAGGGUACAUCGGUCUAAUUGAGUGGAUCCUGGGGCAGCGUGAUGGAUCGUGGAUGGGGUUCCUGACAAGGGAGGUUUUGGAAAAUGCCACCAGCUUCACAGAGGCGGAAACCUGGCUGUCCAACAGGACCAUGCUGGCACCUGCCUACUUCAUCCUGGGGGGGACCAAGUCAGGAGAGGGAGCCAUCAUUACCAGGUCUCGGGAAAAAGCACUGGACAUCAAGAGACUGGACCCAGCCAAUGGCAGAUGGUUCCUCCUCCAGACUAACUACGACAACUGGGAACAACCUCCAUUCAUUGAUGACAGGCGCACCCCGGGGGAUAACUGCAUGGCCAACAUGUCCAUAUCAAAUACGGACCUCCCCCACAUCUUCGAUGUGCUUUCCAGCAAGCCAGUUCUGAACAAGCUGACGACCUACACAGCACUGAUGCAGGUGGAUGAAGGUCACCUUGAGUCUUACAUCCAGGAAUGUCCUGACCCCUGUAUCCCCUGGUGAUGACCUCUGACACCAUAUCCCUGGUGAUGACCUCUGACCCUGGUUUCCCAUGGUGAUGACCCCUGUGUCUCCUGGUGAUGACCUCUGACCAGUUUCCUCUGAUGAUGACCCCUGGUGAUGAACUCUGACCCGUUUCCCCUGGCGAUGACCCGUAUAAUCUAGUCUCAUACUGAUGUUCUCUCAGGAAUUUCUUCAGAGAUUACGCAAUACCUAAAAGUGUGAUGCUGCAUUUCCGUCAAACAGAUACUAAAAAAAUUCUGACCCCCCCAAAAUAAUCAUUGAGUACUAAAUGUCCAACACUCAGAGAAAACGAAUACUUACAAAACACUUAAAAACAAGUCAAUAAUACCCCAACAUGCUUAUGCUGGAGCUACGAUGUGUUGAAAUGCAAAUGAAGGUUACUAGUAUCAUGGUGGUUAUCACCUACCUGCUUUUUGGAAUAUGGAAUUGGAAAGUGAGUGAAAAAGAAUCUUGCUUUUAACAAAUUAAUAUACAGUUAUGUUGAAGUACAAAUUGUAAAUAUUGAGAUUACAGAAAAGUGAUAUUAAUUGUUAGAUUUUAUAUUGAUGGAUUAUAGGUUUUCAGAGUCGAUAUCAUAGUUAAUAAUUUAGUUUGUCACACAAAAUGAAAACUGUUGUUGUAUUAACUGUACUCAUUGUCAGCAAUACUUUUUACAUUAUCUAGAAUGUUUUUGUAACUUUGGUGUUGGAAACAUUUAAUAGAUAUACAUUACACUAAUUGGAAUUUAUAUGCAUAA